UGAACCUGGAUCAUGCAUGAUUGAACUCCAUUUUAGUUUGUUGUUUUGGAAUUUUUUCGAACGAUGGAUGAUUUAGAAAUAUCACGUCAUCGUGGGAGUAAUGGAGACACGCUGUUAGUAGUAGUACAGUAAGGUAGAGUACUGAGUCGAACAGCUACAAUUAAUAGAAGUAAUUAUCACCAACAAAACCGUACUCAUUUUUAUACAAUCGGGGUCUGAUCCAAAGAAAUCUGUACUAGCGUCGAAUUGGACACCAUCGAGAUAACAACCAUGAUGAAGCAAACAUUGUUGUCUUCCCUGUUGGUGACGCUGUUCGCCGCGCCCUCGUUGUCCUUCGUCCCGCAGUCGCAACGAGGAUACAUUGGCCAGAACGCCGGUCGAAUGAAUAGGAUAUUGCCUUCGCAGCGUGCCGCGGGGUCUUCGGAUGACGAUAUUUCCACGGCGACUACGGAAUCGACAACGGACAGCGACGAAAACGACACCGGCGCCGACGCUGGCAAGCGGUCCUCCGUCUUUAGUGAAUCGGUUCAGGAGGAAGCCCGGGAAGUCUUGGAAAAGGUCGGCUGGGCCGGUGUUGCUCCCGACAUGAGCGAUCCCGAACAACCCAUGACGUCCGAUGAUCCGUUUGUGCAGAACAUCGACGCUGGAAUCCGCGAGGAUUUCGGGGUGGGACUGGACGAUUUGCUGAACCCCGCGAAAGUCGUCAACCUGGAACGUGAACUGUAUCAAUUGAGAGAAGAAUUGGAAGGCACAACCGACGAGUCGACAAUCCAGUCCAUCACGAAAUCGAUCGAGAAAAAAGAAGGAAAAUUGGCAAUCGAACGUCGUUCAGUCUUCCGCGGUUGGUUGAAAAACAUCUUUGUUGGACAAGCCGUGAUCAGUUUUGGAAUUAGUUAUGUCAUGGCGACGAACCCGUCGAGUUUGUUUGGGGGUUUCGAUUGGUAUUACUAUAACAGCAUGUGAGUGAUGAAGAUUGAGGUUGCAACGGGUAGGGCUCUCUCCUGUGACUCUUUUUUGCGUUUGGUUGUUGCCACAAUCCGCUUGGGUCUGUUUUUUCUGAUUUUUUUUUCUCGACUGCUUGUCCAUCAUGGGAACCGCUUUGUACCUAUUUGUUAAUGAUCGCGAUUACGAACCUCGAAAAUAGGGAUAUUUCCAUUCAGGUAUUGGGAUACUGGUUUUGGUGGUUGUUCAUCGUCCCGUCGUUGCGUUCGCGACGUCCCCGUGGAUUCGAAAAGGAGGCUCUGGACAUCGCCUUUUUGGGCACACCCCUCGUGAGCCUCGCGGCACCGGUUCUCACCAAAGACACCGGGUUGAUUUGGUUUGCGAACUUUGUCAUCGUAGCCGGCGCAUACGGAUUUGCCUACCUCACGGACGGCGAUGACGACAGCGACGAUAGCGACUCCAAUAAACCGGCAUGGUUGAAGUUCGUCUACAAAUCGCUCGAUUUCGGCAGCGGUCGAGAACGAGGUGCAAGGCAGUAAGCAGUUUUGUUGAAUAGAGCAGGCGCGAGUUUGUGGAUUCCCACUACAAUACAAGUGCAACGCUACA